AUGUCAUCAAAAAGUGUCUACGAAACAGUCAAAAGAAUGACACCGGAACUAGCAGGAUACAAGGAACGAAAGAUAUUCAGUGGAGAGGAAGUACAGAAGAUAAUGGAAGCAAGAAAGAGAUACGAGAUGAGAUUGCAGAGGACGAAGAAGAAUGUGGCUGAUUUCAUAAAUUACGUUAAUAGUGAAAUGAAACUGCUUAAGAAACGAAAUAAAAUAAUAGAAAAGAAGUCGAUAAUGAGAGAAGACACUGAUAAGAUGCUUGAAACCAACAUUCUACACAUCUACAUGAGAGGAUUCAGGCAUUUUGAUGACUCAAAAAUGUUCAAACAAUUUGGUGAAUUCUGUGUAAAGCACAAUUUCAUUGAGGAAAUGAAGAGUGUUUUUGAAAGGCAGCUGUUGAUGCAUUCAAAGGAUGUGGAAUAUUGGCUCUAUUGCACAAGGCAGUUUAAACAGAUUGAGGACAUUGAAAGUGCAAGGAAUACGCUGUUAAGAGGAUUGGAUGUUGUUGAAGACAAGAAUGAGCUCUAUGUGGAAUUCUUCAAGACAGAAGUUGAAUAUGCUGCAAAAUUGAUGAGAUUCAAUAGAGAAAUGGGCGUAGCAGAAGAAGACUACGGGCGUGUUGAAAGAGGAGAAAUCGCACUUGAUUUCUUCAGGGAAAUUGCUGCAAAUUGCACGAAUGUUGAGGUGGCACAGUCUCUGAAAAUUAGCAAAACACUUCCUGGGCUGACUCAGAAAAUCAAGGCCAUUUUGCAUGAAUAA